AUGCCCGAGGAGGCGAAAUUGGAAUCUAUCCUGUUUAACUAUGAAACCACAUACAAGGGUUCUUACACGGACGGCAGUGUCGAAAAAUCAAUGAGGGAUCGUAUGCCUGAUAACAAGGGGGAGAAAAUAAUUAAGAAGCCACGUGAAAGACCACCCUUCGUUCCCUUAAAAGAUUUGGAAUCCCUAACUCCUUGGAAAGAUCAUAAUGUGCCUUUUACUUUGUACCACAAACCGAAAGAGAUAUUGCAAACUAACCCUAGAAAUAUGCAGGAACGAUUUGACAGAUUUGUUGAUGAAGAGCGUGCCACUGUCCAGAAGACCCGUCCAAAGGUCCUAAUGACCCCCGCUUACCAUUUGGACUCCAUCCCAGAACCAGACCGUGAAGUGGUAAUCAACAGUAUGUACAAGUCUGAAACAGCCUACAGCCUGGAGGACGCCUUGAAGAGAACGAAAGCUGACAACAAGUCUGUGAAGUCCCCGCUACCAGGAGUUUACUCGAAGUGCAACCCGGUGAAAAAUGAACUCGAGCCUCUGUUACCGCCCUACGUGUCUCCGGAAUGGCGCCGGGAUAGCGUCUUCUGGGACAACAAGCAGCUCAGGACCCAUGCAGACGCAACCAAACAUUUCUGGCUCAGUCGGGAACCACCCAACUGCUUAGCGUGCAACGCAACAGCUUUGUACCGAAGGCUGAACAAAAAAUACGUGUGA